UGUUUUCUCCCGAGCGCACGCACGCGCAAAACAAUGUGAAAGUCUGCAACGACUAAAAAUAAACCCAAAUAAAACAAUUUUGAGCCACUGGAAGGACAAAUGGCUCAUACCAUAAGCCCCCAAUUAAGCGCGACCAGGGCACUGCUUUGCUCCAUCGCACUUUGCUGGAUUGCAUCACCCAGAGGCGGCGAUGCCCAACAGCUGAUUGCGUACAUCUCGCAGCGGGGUCUGCACGGGGAGAUAACGUUUCGGCAGAUGAACGCCACGACGGUAGAGAUUAAGACCAGCCUGGAGGCCACUCUCCAGUACCCGGAUCAGGUCUGGAGCUGGGCCGUGCGGCGCUUUGCGGUGGACUACUCGAUCAUUGAUCCCGAGGAGCGCUGCAAGCUCGAUCGCUUGGGAGCGCAGGUGCUGAGCUUCGACGAGGAUUUGGAGUACCUGGUGCUGCCCGGCAACGAGACUUCGACAUGGCAGCGGAACAUGCAGCUAAUCGGCGACUGCGGAAUCUGGGGUAAGUCGCUGGUGCUCACAGAGGUGGGUGAGGAUGCACGUAUCUGUGCCACGAUCAGCACGAUCCAGAACUCCGUGGAGCAUAUGGCCGAGGCACGAUUUAACACGCCCGUAGCUGGAUCUGUCCACUUCCGCUGGCUCGCCCCGGCUGAGGGCGCCAGCGGUGAUACAUUAAUAUACUCCGACUUGUACCACAUCAAAGAGCAGCCAGCGGAUCUGGAAGGCAGCGAUCAGCGGUCUUUCACCCAGCACCACUGGAAGAUCUUCGUGACUGACAUCUUUAAGCACGACCACCAUCGCACCGAGGACAAUUGCAACUUUUUGGAGCUGGUCUUCGACCCACAAGGCAGUGGACCCGGUCAAGGCAUCGGUGACCUGGACAUGCGCCUGGGCAGGAUUGGAGUGGCCACAAAUGCGUUGAAGACACCCAAGCGCAGCGUGUUCCGCGAUGCCCAGCUUGCUCUUCUUCCCUCGGACCUUACGAUCCCCCACCGCACGCUUUACCUCGUUCUCUUUGACAAUCAGCACCCGGACACCUAUCUGGCCUGCACCAAAAUUCGGCAUUUGCAGCCACUCAUCUACAAGACUUUCAUAAACUCGGGAGGUGUCAAGGGGGAGGUGACAUUCGCUCAACGCUCCAAGUUCGAUCCUACAUUCCUCAACUUCACAUUGGGCGCACCUUUGUCGCAGCACGUCAGCCGCAAGUUUGCCGAAGAUGUGGCUGCCUUCCGCCUUCACAGCAUGCCUCCCGUCCCACAGCGCAUUGGGAGGGAGGACUUUUGCCUGACCACUGGGGACAUGCACAACCCCCGCGACCUUCAGGAGAAGGUCCCACCACCAGGCUACGGCACACAGGAGCAAUAUGCGGUUGGAGACCUCUCAGGAAAAUUACAGGGCCGCAACAAGGCAUACUGGCAUCAGUACGUGCUGCCCGGAACCAGUUCUGAGCUCAACGGCCUCUACUGGGACGUCUUCCUACCGCUCCAGGGCCGCCACAGCAUAGCCCAGAGGAGUUUGGUGAUCUACACAUUCAAUCGCACAGAUGUGCAGAACAUCACAAAAAGCAUCUGGGGCUGUUCCUCUCUAAGCCAGUACUUGCGGAACGGUGUAUACCAGCAGCCGAUGUUCACAGCUCAGGUCCUGUUCCGGUAUCCAGUGGUGGGACGAGUAAUCUUCCGACAGCCCGCCGAACAGCCUUGGCAGGACACCACCGUGCUGUUUGAGUAUCUGAUACAGGCGGACGGGUCCACGCAGAACACCACAUUCGACCAUCGCUGGGCCAUCCACAGUAGUGCCCCAGGCAAGGACUUUUACGAUUGGCAGCAGCGUUGCCUCUCGGCCGGUGGCGUCCACAACCCGUUCAAAGUGGACUGGGGAAAUCGCAGUGCUGACGACUUCUGUCAGCCCCAGCUACCUGCCAUGUGUCGAAUGGGAGCCCUGGACGCGAGGCUGGGGAGGUUGACCAUUGCCGGAAGGAGGCGGACUGCACAGAAGUUUAGCCGCCGCAUGUUUGUUGAUGGGAAUCUGCCGCUUUCAGGAAGACACAGCAUUCUGGGCAAGUCGCUAGUCAUCUACGAGGACAGUGGGCCGAAGGCCAGGGGCGAGAGGCUUGCGUGUUCCGCCGUGAUCGGACACUUCCGGAGAAAAGUGGUGGCUAAGGAGUGGUACGCCAACGGGGAUGAGCUGACAGUGAGUGGGAGGGUGGAGAUCACGCAGCAGUCAGAGUACGAUGUCAGCAAUGUAGAGGUGCAACUCAAGGGGCUGCAAAACAACGGGGGGUAUCACAUACACAAGACACCUGUUGAGGCCAAUUUGGCCUUUCCCUGCGAGGCUUCGACCCUAUAUGGACACUGGAAUCCUUUCGAGGUGAACCCCAAGUCCUCGCCUCCCCCAAGGCGGGGCACCAGUGAUCAAUACGAGUUGGGUGACUUGAGCGGAAAGUUCGGCGCCCUGAACGGACUCACCCAGUACGAGGAUUCGUACAACGAUACGAACCUGCCGCUCUUUGGGUACAACAGUAUAAUCGGACGAUCGGUGGUCAUUCACAAGCAACAGAGGAAUGCCCGAUGGGCCUGCAGCACUUUAGAGCGAGGCUACAGUCCUAGCGAGGCGCGAGAACUCCGAGCCAUCGCCUCGUUUCACCAUCCCACGGGGUACGCCUACGGAUAUGUUAAGAUGACGCAGUUGAUCCACAACGAUGGCAGCCAGUCGGAGACGGUGAUUGAGAUCAAGCUGCGGCACCCCGGCAAGAACGACCGGAACUCCACCCGCAACCACAACUGGCAGAUUUUCGUUAACCCCGUGGGAGUGGACGCUGCCGUCAAGCCAACCAGCUCACGCUGUGUGGCCGGAGGAUAUGUGUGGAAUCCGUAUUACACGCAGCUGGCAGAUCCACUGAAUCUCGACCUCUACGAACAGGAAUGUGCUCCGGACAAUCCACUUCGAUGUUAUGUGGGCGAUGUGGGGGCCCGCAUGGGCACAAUAGAUCUGGGCGGGGAGCGCGUAGUUUUCACCGACUCAAACUUCCCCCUAGAGGCGCCAGUGGGGGCGAUUGGACGCUCAAUUGUCAUCUUUGGACCUGAUCACACGCAUGAACGAUUUGCCUGUGCCAAUAUCGAGCCCGACCAUAACGUCAUCAAGUAUAUCAAUCUGCAGAAGCCACCGCGCUUUGUAGUGGCACAAUUCCUAGAGGAGCUCCGUUCUGUGAUGGGUAUUCCUGAAUGGAUGCUGGACGUGGAUGCGCGCAAGACUAAGGAACUUCAUGGCGGCGCAUGCAUCCAAAUGAUCAUUCACUUUAAGGGACCCCUCGCCCACCGGUUGGAGAUGGACAUGUCGCGUCUCAUAGCCGCUGGUCGACUGGAUGCCCCCAGUCUAUUCAUUCCCGGCUACGUGAACCAAAAGCGCAAGCCGACUAUCUCCUACCGUACCUGCGGGGUGAGGGAUACCAAUGAGAAGCGUACCAAGAGUUUCAAGGGUCGAUUCUCGUCUUCUAGUUUUGCACCAAUGGAACCAAAGCCUUUUGUAUUAGCCAUCAUAGUCAUCAGCUUAAUUAUUAGAUUCCUGUAAAUACUGCACUCAAGUUAAAGUGGAAGUAAAGAUAUAUUCCUUCCAGCAACAGGUUGUCAAAUCAUA